CGGGAGGGUGGGUUUAGCCUACGCACCGGUGCACAUGUGUGCUUGUUACUGUCACUGAAUGUCACAGAAACAGUAGAAGCCGGUGCGGGAUGUGGUGCGGAGCGGUGAUGGCGGGCAGCCGGGCUCUGCGGGGCAGGAGAUUUUACUCUGUGGCCACAGCCAAUAAACUGUCUGCAGCUGAAGUCUCUCGGCGGCGGUCGGAGCUGUAUGACCAGGAGAAGGAGAGGCAGUUAUCGCUGAACCUGCGCACCGAGAAGAUCGAGGUGAAACACGUGGGGAAGACGGAUCCGGGCGCCGUGUUUGUGAUGAACAAAGGGCUGUCCACUCCGUUCAACUGCGCCAUGCAUCUAAGCGAGUGGUACUGUGCAAAAUCCAUACUGGCCCUGGUGGAUGGGGAGCUGUGGGACAUGUACAAGCCUCUAACUAAAUCGUGCACCGUACAGUUUCUUACCUUCAAGGAUGAAGAUCCAGUGGAAGUUAAUAAGGCUUACUGGAGAUCCUGUGCCGCCAUACUUGGACAUGUGUUGGAACAAGCUUUUAAAGAUGACUACAUUGUGACCCUCAUCAGGGCUCCGGAAAUACCAGUGAUCUCCGGAGCGUUCUGCUAUGACGUGGUGCUGGACAACCGGCUGGACGACUGGAACCCGACAAAGGAGAACCUCCAUUCGUUCACGAAGGAUGCGCUGAAGCUCAUAAGCAAAGAUUUGCCGUUUGAGUGUUUGGAAGUGGAGGAAAAGGUCGCCAGAGACAUCUUCCAGUACAAUCCGUAUAAGUUGCUAAUGCUGGAAGAAAAAGCAGCACAACACCCCCAGGGAAUGGUAACCUUACACAGAUUUGGUGAGUUUGUGGAUCUCAGUGAAGGUCCCCAUAUUCCCAGGACCAGCUUUUGUUUGCAGUAUGAGGUGACUGCACAGCACCCCCUGUCCACCAUUUCCUCAGAGUAUGUAAGACGCUUCCAGGGUCUCUCCUUGCCCAGACACUUGAAGGCUCAUCACACCGUGUGGAACAAAUUACGAACGAGAGCAGAGAAACCGGUCUCCGAGAAGCAGAAUCAAGAGCCGGAGCCAGAAGCUGCUGUAUAAUUCAGAUAACACAUUGUUAUGUUUUUUUCCCCCUUUUUUAUUUUUUAUUUUUGUUAACCCUCAAAUAAACCGCUUCCCUCUUAA